AUGAAUCGAAAUGCGGAAUGGAGUGAAAACUCGAAACGAAUCGGUUUAUUGGGUCGUAAAAUUGGUAUGUUACCGCAGUGGUUGAACGAUGGAACGCGUGUGCUGUGCACAUUGAUUGAAUUCAAAGACAAUUCGGUGGUGUCGGCAGUUGAUCCUGACACGUGGUAU